AAGGAUAGAUCUUCGCCGAAAGAAGAUCGAAUGAUGUUCCACGACAAGGAGAGAUGGUCGAAAGUUUGGCGCGAAAACGAAGUGCGCAUGUAGGAGAAGUGGCGGACUAGAUGGAGCUGGCGGCGCAGUGAAAACAGAAACCCAAACCGGUCAUGGAGGCUAGUUAACGACUGUGCGCCGCGCUUACGAACAGUAAUUUCACCAGGAAAUCGUGAUAUUUACGCAGACGGCGGAUAAUCAACAGAGGAUUUGCCGGUUUGAACGAAAAUGGGUGCAUACUUGUCGGAACCGAUAACGAAGAAAGUGUCGAGCGACGAAGUGGGCAAGAAUGUCGCGUUCGGCGCGAGUUCCAUGCAAGGCUGGCGAAUUAGUCAAGAGGAUGCACAUAACUGUUGCAUAGAUUUCGACGAAAACGUUUCGCUAUUUGCCGUGUAUGAUGGGCAUGGUGGUCAUGAGGUAGCAACAUAUUGUGCACGUAAUCUGCCAGAUUUUAUUAAACAAACUGAUGCGUACAAAAAAGGAGACAUUAGACAAGCUCUGCUCGAUGCUUUCUUAGGCUUUGAUGCCACACUUGAAAAACCUGAGGUAGUUAGUAUUCUUAAAGAACUUGCUGGAACAUCUACUUCAGAUAAGAAAAAAGAUGAUUUAAAUGAAUCUGAUGAAGAAGAAAAUGUUAAUAACCUAUGUAUGGAGGCAACGAUGCCAUUGGAAGAAGUAAUGGCAAAAUAUCAAUCAGAAUCGAAUCCUACUAUAAAAAAUUUGAAAAACGAAAAAUGCAAUAAACGAGCAUGUUCUGCAAGUCCUUAUUUACGUGGUCGAAGAGGUAAAGAGAAAGCAUGCUCUUCGUCAUCUGGUGCAGGAUGUUCAUCAUCUUCAUCUUCGUGGAAUACAAAUGAAACUGAUGUGAGUAGUUCCAGCCAACCAUGUGGAUCAACUUUGUCUAGUAUAACAGAGAGGAAAGAAUCGGAAUGUCCUGGAAACAAUGAAGCUGAACAAGUUCUUGAUUCAACUACAAGUAAUGGAAAUGCACAUGUAUCUGUGCCAGUAGGAUCAACAGCAGAUGUGGAAGGGACAAAAAGUGCAGAUAUGCCCGAUAGCUCUGAAGAUGUAAACACAAAAGUUACGAGUCCUGGUAAAAUUACAUGCACAGAAUUAAAUGCAAAUGAGGCAGAAUUGAAUGGUGCAGAGUCAAAGCGAAUUGGAGAUGCAGAUAGUAGUAAAGGUGGGGGUGAUAAUGUAUCAAGCAGUUCUUGUACUCCAGUUGAAAACGGAGAUGCAGAACAGCAAGAACGUAUAACCAGUACUGGUAGAAGAAGAAUUCAACCUGUGACUCUAUAUCAUACUCUUCUAAAAAAAGACAAUGAAGAUUCCGAGGAUGAUGAUGACGAUGAAAAUGAUGAAACAUUUGAUGGUGUUCCAGAAAGUUUUAGCGAUGAAGAUGACAUAGAAGAUAUGGAUGAAGAUGAAAGUGAAGAAGAUGAAGACGAAGACGAAGAUGAAGAUGAAGAUGGGGAUGCUAAUAUCGACGAUGAUGAUGACGACAGUGAAAGUCUUAUGAUGGAUACAGAAGAGCCAGGUUAUGAUAGUGGAUGUACUGCAGUGGUUGCAGUUUUAAAGGGCAAUGAAUUGUAUGUAGCAAAUGCUGGAGAUUCUCGCUGUGUGUUAUGCAGAGAUGGUCACGCUAUAGAGCUUAGUUUAGAUCACAAGCCUGAAGAUGAGCCAGAAAUGGAGCGUAUAGUAAAAGCUGGUGGGAAAGUAACAGCUGAUGGUAGAGUAAAUGGUGGCCUUAAUUUGUCAAGGGCACUUGGGGACCAUGCUUACAAACAAAAUGUUGAUUUAUCACCGCAAGAGCAAAUGAUCUCUGCACUUCCUGAUGUGAGGCAUAUCACAAUUGAACCAGAAAAAGAUGAAUUUAUGAUACUUGCUUGUGAUGGUAUUUGGAAUUUUAUGUCGAGUCAAGACGUUGUACAAUUUAUUCGUGCUCGUUUGGCACAAAAUUGUGAAAAACUAUCAAAGAUCUGUGAAGAGUUAUUUGAUCAUUGUCUUGCACCUGAUACCUGUGGAGAUGGUACAGGAUGCGAUAAUAUGACAGCUGUAAUAGUUCGAUUUAAGUCAUCGGCUGAUACUAUAACGAAUAGUACUGUUGCCGAAAUACGUACUGCUAAAAGAUCAGUAUCGCCACCUGUAACCACAGAAGAGAAUAUUAUACAGGAAGAUACAACGAAAUCUUGUAAACGUCUCAAAACUGAAACGACUAUGUGAGAAACGUGUUAAAUAUGUACUAUGAACUGUUAUAAUCUCUGGAAACAGAUGAGUAAAUGUGAAUUUAUGUAAAAUUAUGUAAUUCUAUAGAACUGUGAAUUUCGAGCGGAUACUCAAUGAUGAUCGAUACCAGUUACUUCAAAUAUCUUGUAAAGUAUGUUAGUACUGGCUAUUGGUGGCAGACUGAUCAAUUGGAGCAUAUGGGGAUGAUAUUUUGUUGCUAACGUUUCGACAUUUUAGAAAUUAAUUUAAUACGAAUAAAUUGAUAUUAUUUUUUUUUUCCUUAAUUUGAAAACAGUUGAUUUUUCGCUACAUUUUGCUGAAAUUUUCUUUUCGCUGUAUAAUGUAUUAUACGCUCUAAAGUUUUGAUAAUGUCAUGUACAAAAUAUAUAAGACAGUCUUAUAAACAUUCUGUACAAUUGACGAAAUAAUAAAUAUUUCACUUUACAAGUACUUUCUAUGAUAAUGAUAAGAUAGAUGGUAAGUAUAAAUAAAUAUAAAUAAAAUCACUCUAAAAUCAUUUAUUAAGUCAAAGCCUUGUAAGAUUUUACAAAUAGUAUAAGACAUCGUAUAAUUAAAAAUUAAAAAUAAAUUUUUUAAAUGACUUUCAAUAUUCUGACUUAACAGUUUUUAUCUUUCUAUGAAACAAAAUUGAAUUAUACACAUCAUCCCAUUUGCUCCAUUAAAAUCUAUGAAAUAUACUCUUUGAGUUUUUAGAUAACAUCCAUAGUGGAUAUGUAAUUGUAUAUAUUUAUAAAUUUAGGCUAUAGGAUUUAUACUUGUAAUUCAACACGAUACCAUUUCUUAUUUUUACGAAAUAAAGUUUAUUUUUGAAUCCCUGGGUAUAGUGGUUGAAUGGAUGGGUGUGCGAGUAGUCUCAAAAUGUGUAAACUGUAUUGCGUAAUAACGUCAGUUGCAUAUUACGCAUCGCUAAUUUGUGAUCUUACACUAAAAAAUUAUUGUUAAAAGGGUAUGUACUAUGUUAUGGAAUAUUGUCUACUUAAAAUGUUUAACAUUUUUUUUAAAUAUCUGACAGUAAUUUAUGAUGACAUGAAAAUAAUAUUUAAAAAAAAGAACAAUAAAAUUAUAGAUUAAAUUUAAAUAUAAAAACAUUUUAGAAAUUAAUG